GCGGGUCGAGCGGUGAACAGAAGUGCCUGCCAACGCGAGCUCCACGUCCAAGGCACCGGAGAGCUUUAGUUACGCGUGCGUUCCCGGUUGGAUCAGGGAAAGGAUGUUCGCUCGUCGUCUGAUUUUUGUGUUUUUGCAAAGAUGCUGCGCGCGUUGUGCCAUUUUCUGCGCCGUAAACUUUACAAGCGAAUGAGUCAGAUUUGACCCAUUAAAAGUGCCAAAAGAGACCGAGCAAUUAAUCCACUGAAGAUGUCCACGACGCACGAUAGCUCCCCGGCGCCUAACCAGAGCCACCUUUCCACGGUCACCUACGACACGACAGACCCCACCGAGAUGGAGAGACAAAUUCGCCUGCUGCUUUUCGGUCUGUGCGUAACCAUCGCCGCUGUUACCUUAGUCGGAGGUGUGUAUUCGCUGCUCUCUCUGCUCCGUAUGAGGAGAAAAACCUCCCUGUGUGUCAUUGUGGCUUCCAUGUCGGUGGACGACCUGCUCAGCGUUGUCCCCCUCUCCUUGUUCAUGCUCCUGCAGUGGGAGACAGAUGGAGGUGAAGGGUCGGGCAGCUUGUGCACUUUAUCUGGACUUCUGUACGUAUUCCAGGGUGUUUCCAGCAAUAUGAAAGCUUGCCUGAUUGCAGCCUAUACUUUUUAUGUCACAAAGAGAUUUGGAGUGCUCCAGUCUGUCCGCCGGCCCUUGAGAGUGUUGUGGGCAAUUGCCGGUGUGUGGGCGGUCAGCCUGGCCGUCAGUGUGUUACCUUUGUGCGGAUGGGGCAGCUUUACACCAGCUUCUCUCGGAUGUUUCCCGGAGAGUGACAGUUUUUACAUCCUGCUGCUCUUCUCUUUAUAUUUCCUGUGCUUUUGCGGCUUGUUGUGCUUUUUUAUCCCCCUCACAUACCAGCUGCUGUGCUCCAGAGAACCCCAGAGGACUUUGCUGUACCCGAGCUAUCUGGAGAUGGUUAGGGGGCUGAGUGGCUCCGCUCCCCUGUGCGAUCUCCAGUCCUUUUCCCGGGACAGCCUGAACAAAAGUUUCGGCGCAUACAACGAGCUGAGCCCAAGUUCCUGCGGGACGGAGCUCAGGGAGAAAGAGGACAGCGGCCUGUCCCCAGCGUCUGUCACCGGGGAGAGGACAGCUGCUGUCGGGGACACACCGGUGGUGUUUGCACAAAAGCGCUUCUCCAUGAUCCUGGCGGUUGUGCGAGUUAUUUUGUGGAUGCCAAUGAUGACUUUGGUUCUGGUGCGCCAUGCAGCCCAUGCGCGCAGCUCCUCCCUGGAGACCCUGAGCUUCUUCCUCACCCUGCUUGCCCCCGCGGCCACGCCGCUCUUUGUGCUGUCUGAGCGCUGGAUCCACAUGCCGUGCGGAUGCUUUAUUAACUGCAAACGGGAUCCGAAACACGAAGCGCUGAAAAGAAGAUUUGAGUUCAACCUUUCCUUCCAGCAAGGCUAUGGGGUGUACAAGCUGUCACAUGCCACCAUGCCGCCUAGCAUUCCUCCAAAUGAGAAGCCUGCUUAUCACAGCCUUUUCAACUGCGACUUUCCUAACACUCGCCUUGAUGCACUAGAAAGUGGCGGGCUCUCCUGCCUGGGGCCUGAUUUUGAUUUCAGCACCACACGCCCCAUGGACAGCUCCUCUCACGCGGACCUUCUGCUGGAAGCUGUGGCCGGCGGAGGGGAGGCACUGGCUGAUUGUCCUCCGCUUCCCCAUGAGAACCGUGGCGAUGAUGAGGCCUUCCGCUGCGUCCCUCUGCUGCCCACUCAUCACCGGGAGCAGGAUCACAAUCUCAUCGACACGUCGUCGGUGUUCGAGGGGCCGGAGAGGAGGCUGUCACACGAGGAGUGUCGGAAAAUCGAGCUGACGGACUGGGAGUGGUGCAGGAGUAAAUCAGAGAGAACACCCAGACAGCGGUCAACCGGUGGUCUGUCGAUCCCCCUGUGCGCCUUUCAGGGCACAGUAUCUCUGCAAGCACCAACCGGGAAGACGCUCUCUCUGUCCACCUAUGAAGUCAGCAGCGACGGCCUCAAGAUCUCCCCUAACAACGCCAAGAAGGUGGAAGUGUAUCGCUCCAAGUCAGUCGGCCACGAGCCCAGUGCAGAUGACCAAACAUCAGGAGGCCAAGGUGGAGACGUGAACGUCAGCCGCGUGGGGAUGGGCAUGGAGAUCGGCAUGGGCAUGGGGAUAGGAGCCGGGGUGGGAGACACCAACGUCAAGAUCCACCUAGAGGUCCUGGAGAUCUGUGACAACGAGGAGGCCAUGGACAGCGUGUCCAUCAUCUCCAACAUCAGCCAGUCCUCCACCCAUGCUCGCUCGCCGUCGCUGCGCUACUCACGCCGGGAGAACCGCUUCGUGUCCUGCGACCUGGGUGAGACCGCUUCCUACUCGCUGCUCAUCCCCAGCGGCGGCAACCCGGAGGCGGAGACCAUCAACAUCACGAUACCCGACACCGUGGAGGCUCACCGGCAGAACAGCCGACGGCAGACGCAGGAGAGCUCGGGGUACCGAGAGGAGAUCCAGCUGCUCAACGAGGCCUACAGGAAGACAGCCGGGGAGAGUGACGAGUGACAUGCGGAAUAACAAGGAGGUGGCUCUCCUCUCGGGAGGCGGCUGGAAGAGCACCUCAGACAGCGAAAGCUGCAAGUUUCAUUUGAACCAUUCCGCAUUUCGUUUCCUUCUGAUCACCACUCUCACAGAGCUGACAGGUGACCUAAAUAGAGACUUAGCGCGAGACUGUUAUAAUCGUCUGUUUGCAUACCCUUGUACUUCCUCUUCAGGUAACAGCACGAGUGUAUCACAUGCAUCACCUGCCUGCAGAGUACACACAGAUAGACAGGCUUGUAUAAGAAGGUGGUUUUAAAUUAGAGGUAAACAAGAGAGAAAGAGAAAGAGAGAGGAAGGGAGGACAGGAGAGAGAAACAGUAUUCUGGAUGUGCAUUGUUAUUCCUGCCUAGACUUAGACCAUAUGGCUGCUUGUUAUCAUAGAAUAGAUGCAGCGAGAGAAAGAAAAACUUAGAAAAGGAGGAGCCGUGGUCUGAUCACAUGUCUGAUGUUAACCAAGUCCUCAAAACUACGUCACUGGUGACUCAACUGUGAGGGGAGGGGUCACCUGACCCGUGUGUCUGACUCAUCCGAGCGUGUGUUGUGAAUUCUAGUGUGUGAGGAGUAGCGUUGUCCAUACGGAUGAGGGUAUGAGAGCAGCGCUUUGUGACGUCAGCCACCGGAUUUCAAUGUCUCCCUAAAAAGAAUGUGUUUAUUGUGUAUAUAUAUAUAUAUACACACACACACAUAUAUAAAAUUGUCUUUUAAUUGUGUUUUCCGAGGCACCCAGCUGCUAUCGUGUUUAUCAUGUAUUACGCAAUCCAUGCUGAUACAAUCAAAUUAGAGACAGACCACCAUCUGUGUUGGAAAGAAAUGUGGGAGAGAACAGUAAAUAAAAGGCGAGGCGAAGCAUUUGAGGGAGAGGGCGUGUGAUUACCGGAGAAGAAGUCACGGGGACACUUAUGCAGAGCGCUUUUCUGCCUCGUGCACAUUCGGUGCAAUCGAAAUGAGUGACUGUGCAUAUUUUACUACAGUAGGCAGCAUAUGAAUGUACAUUCCAGACCCACUUUAGGGGAUCGUCUUCUCGGCCUGACCGCACUGUUCAUUUCCCCAUCCAAUCAGCUGGCUGCCGGGAACCACUCACUUUACACAAGCAUAAAAUCAGGACUGGAGUCAAAUUUUCAUAGAUAGUGUUGUGUAUUCCAGUACAGUUUUCAUGGUUACUUGGUCUGUGAACAUCUUCCAGAAACCUAUAAAUCUUUAUUCUCCCAGGUGAUAUCAGUAUCAUUACUUAUAUGCAUACUUACAUGUACAUGUGUGUACAGUAAAAUAAGUACUCUAGAUUACUUUUAGAAUAUAUAUAUAUAUGUAUUUAAGUUUGUUUUAUGGUGGCGUCUUCUGUGUGUUUGGUUUCUCGAUCUCCAUCAUCGACACUGUGCGGACUUCAUCUGCAGGCUUUUGAAUUGUCCUCCAGCGAGUCCACUUCAUCGGCCGCAACGUCUCCCGUCCUCCUGAAGAUUGUUGUCAUUAAAGAUUCAUGCCAGAAAAUUGCCUCCAACGGUAUUGCGAUGCAUUCCUAUCUCAAGUGCUCCUGGGCGCGAAUGUGAGAGAAAAUAAUGUACAGGCGCGUGAAUAAUAAUGAAUGUAAAGUUGUGUUCAGUGUUAACGGCUAUUAAUGGUGUCAAAGGUUUUCGGCUGAGCGGUGCAUCAUCCCUGCGGCCUGACAGAGUGGAAGUGAUUUCGUCAUCUGCUUAUUCUCGCUCUUACACAAGGCUACAGUUUGGCUACUCUCUUGUUCUCAUAAAUCUUUUUGAUCAA